AUGCCAACAUGCAGUUUACUUCAAAAAGAAAGAGAUAAGGUGAGGAGAAGAUAUGAAGACACUGCAGCAGAAAUAGAUGACAAGACAGAGCAGAAAGUAGAUAAGAGUGAAGAAAAUGUGAUAAUGAAGUUUCUUACAAAUACUUUAGGUCCUGCUCUCGGAAAAAAGUCAACGAAAAUAAUCGUCACAAUUGUUUUCACGGCUUACAUAAUUGGAGGUGUUUACUGUGUGCAAUUUCUGAAAGUAGGAGGAGAUAUUUCAAAAGUAUUUCAACCGACAUCACAUUCGUUUAAAACUCUAAAAUAUUCUAAUAAAUAUUUUUCAAGUUUUCCGUAUCAGAUAAAUGUUAUCAUCAAUCAGACUUUGGAUUAUUCGAAUCGAAGUGUUCAGAAGGAAAUUGAAACAAUACUGAACGAUUUCGAAACUGCUCCUCAUAUGGCUGGUUCGAAUUUCACAGAGAGCUGGUUAAAAGAGUAUCUGUCCUUUAUAAACAGUCCCGUUUCAAAGUUUUCUUUAGCAGGUCUGAAUAUGAGCAACUCGGAUGACUUUUUAUAUGGUUUAAAGAACGUUUACUUGAACAUAAAACCAGCAAGAAGAUUUAAACAUGAUGUAUUGUUUAGCAGUGAUGGUACCCAAAUUGUUGCAUCUAGAUUUCUCUUAGCAGCUCAUAAUAUAAAAAACGAUAUGGAUAAAACCGUUAUUUUGCAAAGUAUGUUUAAGGUUGCAGACAAUGCCAAGUAUCCGGUUUACGUGUAUAAUUUUUGGUUUAUGUUGUAUGAGUCAUACUUCAAUGUAACUUUGAUAUGUCUACAAACACUGUGCUUCACAGUUUUAAUAAUGAUGCUGGUAUUUAUGACAUUUAUUCCUGAUGUAAAACUCGUCAUAGCAUCUGUUUUAACAAUUGCUUCAAUUCAGUUAGGUAUUAUUGGUUAUAUGUCUAUAAUUAAAGUGAAUUUAGAUGGUACUUCGAUGCUGCUUUUAAUCAUAAGUACAGGAUUUUCUGUAGAUUAUAUGGCACAUAUAUCGUAUGCUUAUAUCAGCUGUACAGAAAAGGAUCCAAACAAAAAAAUUAUAAAUGCGUUUCAAUUAACAGGGUAUCCAAUAUUACAAGGUGCCCUGACGACAUUAAUCUGUGUAUUUGUUCUAUAUUUUGGACCGUCGUAUCAAUACGUGGUAACUUUUAAACUGUUUUCUUUAAUGAUUAUAUUUGCUCUUUUUCACAGUUUAUUAUUAGUACCUGUUGUACUUAGUUGUUUAGAUUUAUUGGCUAUUAAACUGCGCAAAAAAAGGAAAGAAAAUGGUGUUUUUGCACUUCAAAGUGCACUGAGUUAA